AUGCCGCGCCAGCCAGCGGAUGUCCAAGUGUCGCCUUACCUCACCCACUUGACAACCCACCACGGCCAAGUCACGCUCGUUCCGGCAGACAACAAUGGUCGACGAAGAAAGGCCAAUGAGAAUCUCAAUAGCAGCAGCAGCUCUCCAAGGUCUACCGACUCCCGCGUUAGCACACUCCAAUCAUCCCCAACUAAACCUCGAACAUCACCAUCUGGAGGAAUAAUGCGCCGUAUUCGCCACAUUUCGAGGCAACAAGACUCGCUGGAAGACAUCCCGGACUACCCGCCUCCGUCAUUCCAAGAAGCCAUGGCCUCUACUACGACGCUUACAACAUGGAGCGGCCGUUUGACUAUUCACUCACAACCGGAUUCAGACUCUGAAUCAGAUGACGAUGGAGAGUCCGCGGAGAGAGCUUCUGUCUUGGAAAGACCUCCGAGUCGUGGUAGAGGGAUUCUGGACUCAGAGCCCGACGACGGAAUUGGCACAUCAGUUGUUAAUACUCGACCACACCGGCGCCACAUGUCUCUCUCGCCAUUGCGUACCCUUUUCCCGCCAGCUCGGAACAAUCGCGAGUCCUCCUACAGUGCUCCGUCUCAUCCAUUAUCACAGCUACGAAAUUCGCCGCAUUCACGAAGUACCACUUCACUACGAGCUCCACCGUCUCCACCAGUCUCUCCAUCCAUUAGGAGCGAAAAUCCUCUCGGAGGCCGGCGAUUCUUCUCGCACAAGGACAAGGACAAGGACAAAGGGAAAGCGCGAGAAGCGUUGGAUUCCUGGCAGAUUGUAGAAUCACAAUGGCCGCCAAAUCCAUCCAGCCCGAUCCUUUCCAGCCCUAUUCCUUCAAGCUCGCAGUCUGAUCGAGCGUCUUCUCAGGAGCCUCCUACGCCAACAUCCAUUUCUGCCGCUGUGCCUUCUCAAGGGGCAUUUCCUAGAGAGAAGGCCAUCCCAAUUAUCUCCAGCUCUUUCCGAGAACGAGAACGCCGUCAGCCCCAAGCCCACGAUGAAGUUCAGUCGAUACACACGAGGAUUCCGCCUUCACCGACUUAUGCCCCACCGCCAACACCCACCGCUGAGGGCCCACCAAUCGUGACUGUCCGCUCAAAGAAACCACCACCGCCUCCCCCGCCUCCAAAGCGGAAGCCGCAAUUAGCGCCGUCACCUUUGCGCGAGUCUCCGGUUUUGGAUGCUGAUCUGGAGCGCGCUGUCCGCACUCCUUUGCCGCUGACCCCAGUGAUUGCCAACUCGUUUUCGUUUCCUUCACAACCGGCCUCAAGAGAACGCAAGAUUAUGUUCCAUAGCUUCCCAGCGUCUGAAAUUGAAUCUUCACCUCCUAGUUCGGCCGUCGAUAGUGAGGGUCAUCGUCACCAUUAUCCAGGUCGACCGCUCCCAAUACGGCCACGCCUCAUUGUUGAUUCGACUUAUGCACACCAUCCACACUUUCCGCCACUGGAGAUACCUCUCAAGCCGCCUCAUGUUCCGGAGGGGUUAUUGAUUGACUUGGAUGAUGAGAUAGAGACACCGGUGGCCUCAACGGUGGUCGAUAUUGACGAGACUCCAACUGUUACACCGACUGUGCAUGCUCCCGGAGACGUAGCGCUGUUGGUUGAUGUCGAGGAUACCGUUACGCCUGCCAUAGAAACAGCCACUCCAUCUUCUGCUUUGGCUGACCUUGCGCCGCUGGUCUUGGACCCUACACCACAUCUCCGACCAACAUUGAUCACCGCCACCUCUAAUCGGCAAUCUUCGGCAUCCUCGGUCGUUGAGCUUGCUCCGACUGCAGCAGAUGAUUUUCUCGAAAUCACCGACCUCGAUGUUUUACUUUCGCGGAUUGAGAAUGAUCAGCGGGACGGAUCCAACUAUGAGGCGUUGCUCAUGGUUUCCGACUUUAUCGGUCCUGCGUCGCCUCUGGACGACAAUAAGGCUAACAAAUCGGUGCUUCGCACGGGCACCAUCGAGGUUGCGCGGCGGCGUGUGCUGAAAGACGGGCGGGUGAAGCUCAAGCUGGUGUUGUUGGGCACGACUGUCGACCGCUGCGGGAUAUGCAUGUCCCAGUUCAAGAAGGCGCAGGCUGCAAAGCUCAGUGAGCGGUGCGGGCACGUGUACCACGAGCAGUGUCUCGCGCGGUGGACUGCCAAGAGCAGGACAUGCCCGCUCUGUCGCAUCCCUGUUAGGGAGAUGUAUUAA